GCCCGCGGACUGUCCCCGCCCUCGCCCUCGUCGGGAGAGAUAAAUGCUGACUCCGAUCCGAAAGUUCCCAACUGCAAAGUUUGCUCCGCCUGCUGCUAUUGAGAGCGAAGGAACUUGGGGACCCCUCCCGCGCUGGGACUUUUGCUCCCCGUUUUCCAGGCCCCACUCUCGCGCUCCAUCAAGGGAAGGCCCCUGGCUACGGAGCUUUUUCAUCUUUCCCGCAGCCCAGAAACUAGCUGCUCGGCCCCGCACCCCAAAGAACAAGUCAGCUAAGAAAAAUGUGGAAGGUGCCAGUUCUGUUCUUCAUUUUGGGAAGCGCAUCGUUCUGGGUCCUGGCAGAAGGAGCCAGCACGGUCCGGCCAGAAGAUGAUGUGACUACAGAUGUGAAAGAUGAGAAGACGACCCUGGGUGUGGAAGAUUACAUGACAACCCCAGCUGCCAGUAAAGAACCUUUGGCAACUCCGAUGCUGACAGGAACAGAGAAUGUAACACAAAGUCACAGAGAAGAUCUGCCAACAGGCGAAAGCACAACAGCCAAAAGCACACCUGCCCAGAGCACAACUACCAAGACCACAGUCCAUACCCAUGUACCAGCAACUAGUCACUCCCAGGGGAAAACAGAUGGAGAAAAACCAAAAGUCGCUCAGAAAGGUGGCUUGUCAAUGGGGACCCUGGUUGCAAUCAUUGUUGGCGUCUUACUAGGCAUCGCAAUCAUUGGUGUAAUCAUCCGUGUGAUUUAUCGGAAAAUGUCGGGAAGAUACUCGCCCUAAAGUGCUAAAGAAUUGUGCUGUCCUGCCAAUACAUUUUUUAAAAAGAGAGCUUCCAACAUCCCCUCCUCCCCCGUCCCUGAGCACAUGGAGAAGAUGACCCGUGGAAUUGCUUCACCACCACACUCAAAAUCCACGGUGAUCCCUCCACUCGCUAAAACUAACUGAAGGAAAGAGUAUUCAUAAGACGUGCUCCUCUAAGCCUUUGUCUUUUGAAAAAAAAUAUUGUUUUAAUAUAAAUUUUGUGUGUGAUUUAAAAGGCAAAAUGCAUAGAAAAUGGAGCAAAGCUGUGUUAAACCUGAUUUGUAACUAAAUAGACAAUAGAUUGGGUUGGCCAAAAAAUUUGUUAAGGUUUUUACCGUAAGAUCUUACAGAAAAAUCUGAACAAACUUUAUGACCAACACAAUCAUUCAGCAGAUGUCAGAAGCUGUAAUUGUCUUUGUUUUUGUCUUUGUAAUUAGUCUUUGUUUUGACUAUCCUCUGUUAUUGUUAAAAUGCAAAGGAAUCUGAAAAUAUUUAUACCAAUGGUGUCCCUGGGUAUAGAGCUAUGUCAGUCAGUGGCAUAAGUGCUCUUCAGUUUCUGAUCUGUUAAAGCAUACACAUUCCAGUCCAGUGGGGUCCAUUUUUAGAGCCUGAUUUGGUAUGGAUAAUGAAGUAGAAAAUUUAUACUUGUGUAAUAUGUAAUUAGCAACUGGCUUUCACUGGUCCAGGUAAGGCAUUUCAAAGACACCUAUUUUAGAUCACAAAUAGAAGUCUUAACUUUGGGGAAGGUGUUUUGUUUCUCACACCAAGGGUCUUGGUGUACUCUGCUGUCUUCUCCGUCGAUGACUUGAUGAAUCAAAGGUUUGUUUGUACACAAGUAUAAAUUUUUUACUUCCAUUUUCCUCAGAUGAUAGAGAUCCAGACCUGACGGGGUGACCUUCUCGCUUCCCCAUCUCCCAAGUCCUCCAUAUUGGCUUCUUUGUUCUGGAAUAUGAGGACCUCAGCCCUGGAUGCAAAAAAAGGCUGUUGGAGGCCCAGUGAUGCCAGAGGCUCAGGUGUUCCAGGAACUGAGAGCCGCAGUGGUCCCCAAACCCUGUGUGUGCUUGUGACAGACAAAACCUGUCAGCUUCCUAGCAUUUACUUUCUGCUUCAGAGGAAAGAAAUGGGAAUACUAAUUUUUAAAAAGCACCUGGAUUUAGAGACUUUAUCUUAAAAUGGAAGCUGUUUCUGGUUUUCACAAGAUCCCCCAUAUUUCAGUGGGGUCAUGAUUGACAAUUCUGUAUUGGCACCAUCCAGCUCAGGACAUUUCUCCCUGUAGGCCAACUAAAUUCUUUCCCCUACACAAAAAGGUUUUACGCUGAGCAGAUGCUGUGUCACAGUUGUGGUUAUACAUUUCUGAUAGCCUCUGAAUUCAUCAGGUUCAUAAAACAGGAAAAAGUAGACUAUCAGUCAGAAAGCUUGGCCUGUUCCCCUACCUUUUGCAGUAAUGGAUGGAUGUAAUUUUAAACAGUAUGCCCUUGUGUCACUCAAGUCCAGCUAGUCCAAAAUCCCAGGUUCAAUAUUUGAACAUCGACUGAUGGAGAAAACGGGCUUUGGAAAUGCUUUAUGAAUCUCUUAACUACCCUUCCAUUUCAUCACUCAGAUUCCUGAACAGGAGUUGGGAAUAAUGUUAAUUUCCUCUUUCUUAUUCUUUUUUUUUUUUUUUCUUACUGUGAAAAAUAAUAGUCAAGCCCAAGUCAUACACUGGACCCAUCACCUGCUGGGACAGGGCUGUGGGUUUCCUGGUCACAUCUGUGUUGUGCUCAAUGCAGUGUAGACAUGUUUUAAAAUAAAACAGAUGAUUGAGUAUA